AUGGUUUCAUCUGCAACAUCGAGCGGUUCCCCUCUCAAGAAUACCACGAAAAACGCCAAAAAAUAUUUCAAAAAAUUCCUUACCAAAGUUCGCAAACGUUCACCAUCCCCAACACCGUCCAGAACAACGUCUAGAACACCCCCAUCUCCGUCAACACCGACUCAAUUCUCAAAAGUGAAUAAUCCGUUUUUUUCAACAAAAGCACCGCCCAGUACCUGGAAAGUCAUCUCAGACACCCCGAGAACAUCACGGAAGGCUCGUCUCUGGGCGAUUGUUCCCCAAUUCACCGUUGCAGCACCAGACAUACCAGGUGUUUCCAAGCCUGAUUGGGCCAUGAACGGCGUGAACGACAAGGCCAGACGAUUUCACACACAUGGCAAGGUCGUGAUCGACAAUGAUGACGACGAUUUCUCAGUCAACGAACAAUCGACAUUGGCCCAGCCGUUAUAUCUCAUCAGCCCAUGCAUUGCGUCUGGGAGAUCGGAAUUUAGUGCAAAUUCAGAGCGAGGUGUGGCAAAGUGCGACGUAACUCAGCUCGAGUACCCUUGUCAAGCCGCGCAUGCCAUAGAGAAACGCUACUCCAUGGAAGCCAGAUUGGCUACAUACUUCGCGCUGCGAGGAUGGAUUAGUCCGAACUCUAGAAUCAAUUACCUCUACUUACGAAACGAUGUGCAUUUUCGACUGGAUCAAAUGACUAUGCUGCUAUAUAUCAAGCACCGACUCGUCAUCGACAAAAUACGAAAUGAUUAUCUCUCGUUCGUGAGACAGCUGAAACCGGACGACCCCGCAGUCGAUUGGCUAUCGCUUCUUCGCACGCAUCAUCCAGAUUUGUGUGACGGCACGUCUUUCGAGUAUGCCAUCUGCGUUCGCAAGGAUAUUUCUUCCAAGUGGUGUCCCCAUAAUAGUCUUGUCAGCCUAACAUUAAACUCAUACGUGCAUCCUCUCACUAUUUUAGUGAGAUUGUGCAUGCUGCUCAAUGAGACGGGCGCCAAGGUUCAGUACACGUUGGGCACUACCGAGAACUGGACCACCUCUCAGCUGUCGAAACGCGACAUUUUGGAGAAGUUCAAGUACAACAAGGACGAUGAAAACCUCAUUCUAGAGAACAUGCAGCUCGCAGCUGACAUCUAUGCUUUAAUGCCCAAACCAUUCAAAUGGUUCAAGAAGGGUGAUGGUGGUGGUAAAACUGACGACACCUUGCCCAAUCAAGAAAGUAGGGGGGAGCCCCUGCAGGGAGACGACAGCGUCGGGGGAGACUCUGGACAGGAAGAUGGGCCAGGUGGGGGACACGAUGGACAGGGAGACGAUAACGUCUGGGUCCAGGACCCCAAUUUGAACCGUGGUUGCUCCCAAAUUCCGAGCUCGAUUAAUGACGAAGACAGUCUCUUCCGAAGUUCAAGCUCAGAGGGCAGUAACUCGAUCGAUGAUCAGGGUAUCAAUGAGCUAUUGUUUGAGACUUUCAAGGAACGAGACGUGGCCCCAAAAGUGAACAAAUGGAUCUCCGGACUCGAGCCAGGGCUUCCUUCGUCUGGUACCACGAUCAGAGAGCACCUGCAGAGCCUGGGGAAGGAGAGAGAGAGGGAAGUGGGGAUAUCAACAUUGACGAAGAGGAAGACCAGAUCAUUUCUUCUAUCACUGCGCGUGCUACUCUCCCAAUCCAGGACCGGAGGGGACCCAAACCUCGAAGGAUGA